GGGCGGCGCGGGGUUUGCGCCGGGAGCCAGUUCUCGGGAGUUCGACUCUCGCGGAACCGCUGCGCGGCCGCUGCCCGGGCCGCGGCCUCCUCGUGCCGCCGGCUUUCCCACCCCCUUUCCCCGCUCCUGGUGACUCCCUCAGCCCUGUCCCGGUGCCGAGAGGCGGCCGGGCUUCUCCGUGACGGCGGAGCACGACCAGCUCUGUUGGGCCCGGAGCGCGUGUGGCGCGGGGCGGCCUCCCCUCGGCCCGUCCCCCUCGCCCGUGCCCCGUCCUGCCGCCCGCGGCCCCGCGCUCCGGCCCGGCCGGGUCCUGCAGCGGCGGUGGCGCUCGGAGUGAGCGGUGCUCCCAGCCGGCCCAGCUACAGAGCUCAGUUGCGUCUUCCUCCAGCAAUGUGCAGAGUGCCAUUAGCAGCAGCCUGCUUCCACUGUGUAGGCUUAUUUUGAAGAACAGAAUAAGAAAUCUUCUUCUGAUCUACCGGUUAUUUUUAUAUUGGUCCAGUUUAUAGUCAGAGUGUUUCUGCGUAUGUUGUUUCUAGCUUGCAUACAGAUAAUGUAAUCUCUGAACGUUGUGGUUAAAAUACUGGUCUAGUGCAGGCUUAGUUUCCCACAGUGUUUACAAGUUGUGGGCUUAUUUUAAUGGCUUUAAUGGUAUUUCAAAUUUGUCGAGGCUGUGGAAGAAUAGGUAUAGUAGUGUUUUCUGGUCAGCUUUGUUUAAAUAUAAAAUUUCAUAAAACUGUGUUUGCUUCUGUGCUUUUAAAUUGGUGGCAUGAAGUUGUCAAUCUGUUCUCCAAAUCCUUGCUCUCUGAGUCUCUGCUGAGUUAAUGAAUUGGUCUUACUUUUCAUGACAAAUCACUGCUUUUGGUCAUUCACUUUAAAUUGUUGGAUGGCUUGUCUGUACUUUCUACCCACGCUUGAUUGUUUAAUAUCCAGUCAGUAAGAACUUAUUAUUUGAACUUGCAUUUUUGUUUGUGAACUUCUUAGAGAUCACAUGAUCUGGAAUCACUGUGUCUAGUUUUCACCGCUGAAGGUUGUGUGUUGUGUCCCUGGUGCAUCGUGGAGAACUUGCUCUUUAUCACCAAAGAAAUACGAAGGAGAGCUGUUGUGAAUGAUGUUUAAAAAUUGGGAUAAGAAUGUGGAGUUGUGAAAUCCAGGAGUACUACAGAUUAAAUACAUCAUGAAGUAGGAGGGCAAUGGAUUUGGUUUUUCAAGACACGACGGUGCUGUAUGAAAGUUCUGCCCUUGAAUUCUCCAUGCUUUUUGGCACUGCCGUUGCAUCUGUUGAGAAGAGACGUAAAGUUCUGGGUCUGGCUGGGACGGAGUUAAUGUUCUUCACAACAGCCCAUACAGUUCAGUGUUUUGGAUUUGUGGCUGAAAGAAUGUUGACAACGCAUCAGUGUUUUGGGCUGUGGCUGAACAGUGCUUGCACAGUGUCAAGGCUUUAUCUCUUUUCCCUACUCUGCCACUCCAGCGAGUGUGCUGAGUAUAGGUGAGAAGCUGAGAGGGGACAUGGCUGGGACAGCUGACCCAAACUCACCAAAGAGAUAUUCCGUGCCAUGUAACGUCAUGCUCAGCAACAAAAACUGAGGUAGAGGAAGAAAUAUUUUGAUGGUUUUGGUUGCCUGAGGGGAUUUUUUCUUGGCUCCCAAGGCAGUUGUUAUUUGAAGGUAGGCUGGACAUCAGUCAGCCUGUAGGAGGUAAUGAGUGAUUUUCUUUGUUUUGCAUUUUUCUCCUCACUGAUGAAACUUGACCCACGAGUUCUCUUGACUUUGUUCUUCCUAUUUUCUUUCCCGUCCUGCUGAUGGGGACAAGGAGUGCACAAUUGGCUGUGUGGGUGCUUGGCUGCUGGCUGGAGUCGACUUGCCACAAAAGUACAGAGAACAGAUGGUCUUUAGAGAAGUUACUAAAUAGGCAGUUGUUUUCUGUUGUGCUUGCAAAGUGGUGAUGUAGAAGUGACAUAAAACCCAUUAGUUAGAGAAUUUGGACUUUGUUCUUGUUUUGCUAAGUUCAGUUGGAGUGACAGUUACAGUUAUUGAUAGACGACUUGUCACCAGGAUCUGGUGCUUUGAGCAAGGGUUUUGGUUUGUAGGAGGGAUUUGUCAAAUGCUUGGAGUGUUGGGCUGUUGUGUUUGUUCUAAAGGGAUGCAGUAAUUUGCUACAGAAGCUUGUGUUUUUUCUCAGAGUACUGUGCUAUUUAUUUGUGAUGUUAGAUAAUGUUGAAAAUCAAGGUAUGUUUAAGUCAGUGCAGUAGAGCAUUUCUUGUUCUUGUGUGUGAACAGCAGUGCAGUACAGUAAAGAUACAGGGAAAAUACUGAAGUUGGCUUUGUAAAUUCAGGUACUUUCCAAAGUUUGUCCUUGUUGGAUAUUUUGCUCUGUCAUUUGAUGGUCUUUGCUGUGUACAUUAAGUGUAGUGCUGGACUGGUGAGUAGCGUACUCUUGUGAACCUUGAAACCAGGUGGAUCUCAGAAGAAUGGACACGUCCUUUAAUCAUGAGAUGGACUUAAGGAUCCUUCAAGGACUCAGUUGAGAGUUGUUCCCUCGAUACACUGGCAGUCUGUUUCACUGCAACAGUUCAGUGUGGCACAACCAAUGACCAAGUAAUCUCAUCGUAUUUUCAUCGUUUCCAGAAGUCAACUUAAAUUUUGAAUUUCUUUUGCUUCUGAAAUGGAAACACAAAGAUGCAGUGCAUAGCAUCUUGGAACGUGGAAGGAGUUCUUCACAUGGGUUCAUAACAUGUUUGGCUUUAGUGUAGCCACUGCUAUGGAUGAGCUGCAGCAGUGUAGCGCAGUAUGUAAAGCAAAGUACAGGUAUCAGCCAUUAAUUAUGUUUCAUUUUCUUUCCACAGUUAAGUUGAUUUUACAGAAUUUAUCAGGUCUCCAAAGCAGAAACAGGUGAUUUUUGCUGUGGGUUGAGCUCAGCAUGGCUGUAGUCAUCCGUUUACAGGGGCUUCCUGUUGUUGCGGGUCCUCCAGAUAUUCGUCGUUUCUUCUUGGGAUUGAAUAUUCCUGAUGGAGGUGUGCAUAUUAUUGGAGGAGAGCUUGGGGAGGCUUUUAUUAUAUUUGCAACAGAUGAAGAUGCACGGCGUGCCAUGAGCUGUUCAGGAGGGUUUAUCAAGGACUCACGCGUAGAGCUCUUUCUCAGCAGCAAGGCAGAAAUGCAGAGUACCAUAGAAAUGAGCCGGAAACGAUUUGACCGUGGGGGACGAGAAACUAUGUCUAGCUCUAGAAGAACAGGUACUAAUGGUUCUGGUGCAUCAAGUGUUGGAGACAUGCCACAUUUAGUCACAGCUUCUCCAAAAGGAAUAAGAAAACCUGGUUACGGGCCACCAAAUCGCCUAGAGGCUGGUUUCCAUACCAAUGGCACAAGACACGGUGAUAUGGGUAUACAUAAGUCAAACUAUCAGUUAAGAAAGGAUUCUCACCCAUUUAACCCAGAUGACUGUUACUUAUUUCUACGUGGUAUACCUUACGCUGCAACAGAAGUGGAAGUACGUGCUUUCCUUUCUGGGAUACGUGUGGAUGGAGUGAUUCUGAUAAAGCACCGCAAUGGUUUAAACAAUGGUGAUUGCUUGGUAAAAUGUGCUACACCUGGUGAUGCCUUGGAAGGACUUAAACGUCAUAGACAGUACAUGGGUCAGAGGUUUAUAGAAAUUAGUCCAACUACGGAGGAACGGUGGAUUGAAUGUGGUGGGACGGUGGAUGUGCCAGAUGAAAUGGAUCACUUUUUCUGUGAAGACCUUUCUCCAAAAAGUUCAGGCUACAUGCAUUCAAGGAGGCAUUCUCGUUCAAGAUCACCAAGGAGACAAAGAACGCGUUCUCGUUCAUCUCCCAGCCAGGAAUAUUACAUACACUUAAGAAAUCUAUCUUUUAAUGUGGAGAAGAGAGAUUUGAGAGAUUUUUUCCCUGAUCUGGAUAUAUCCAGCAAACAGAUCAAGAUUCUAACAGAUAAGCAUCAGAAAAGGACUAGAGAUGCCUUUGUGAUGUUAAGGAGUGAGAGAGAAUACCAGGCUGCUUUGGAAUGUCAUAGAAAGGUUCUUCUCAAUCGUCCUGUUUACAUUUUUCCAAUUUCAAGAAAGUCAAUGUUGAAAAUAAUCGAUUCUUGUGAGAGAAAAAGAUCACUAGACAGAGAUCAUCCUGGACAGGCUAUAUCAGAAAAAAGUUACCGGGAAGGUCAUUCCAGCCCUAAGAUAUGUGUUUAUGUCAGGAAUUUUCCAUUUGAUGUGUCAAAAAUUGAAGUGCAAAAGUUCUUUGCAAGAUUUGAUAUUGAUGAAGAUGAUAUUUAUUUACUCUAUGAUGAAAAAGGACUUGGACUGGGAGAAGCACUAGUGAAGUUUAAAUCUGAAGAACAAGCCAUGAAAGCUGAAAAUUUAAAUCGUCAAACAUUUUUGGGAACAGAGGUAUUAAUAAGACUUAUAUCUGAAGAGCAGAUGCAGAAGUUUGGUGUAUCUGUACCAUUAUCUGCACCGAAUCAAGUGCAUGGUUAUUCACAUCCAUAUGACAGAGGUGAGCUUUCCCGUCCAGUCAGUUCACCAUCUGGGCCACCACAAGGGCCACCCAUGCAUUCAUUUGGUCCCCCCGGGAACUUCAGGCAUCAUUCUGAAUUUAGACACCCCCCUGAGGACUUCAUGGGCCCUCCUAAGGAUUUUAGAGGUCCACCACCCCUCAUGGAUUUCGGUGGUGACAGUGAACCUUUCGGCAGAAUGGAGUUUGGGAAUAAUAAAAUGGGAAAUUUUCCUGAAGGAAGAUUCAUGCCGGAUCCGAAUUUCAGUGGUGGUUCUGAACGUGUUGUUCCUAUUCUAUUGAAAAAUUUACCUUUUAAAGCUACUCCUAAUGAGAUUCUGGAUUUUUUCUAUGGCUACAGAGUGAUUCCGGAGUCAGUUUCUGUGCAGUACAAUGAACAAGGAUUACCUUCUGGUGAUGCCAUUGUUGCUAUGACAAACUAUGAGGAGGCUAUGGCUGCUAUUAAUGAACUGAAUGAUAGGCCGAUUGGUCCACGGAAAGUUAAGUUGAGCUUGCUGUAAAGGAGGAAAAGAUGCUCUAUAGUAAAACAUUCUCGGUUUGACAGUAUUGACAGUUAUUUUAACUUUUUCUAAUUCCUGGAACAUCCAAAAGAAACAGUUUCCAUGAACGGUUGUAAAUAAUACCCGGUUCAGUUGUUUAGCUCUUGGUUGAAAUGUUUGUAGGACACUGGAAGUCACACAUCAAGGUCUAAAGGGAUGGAGUUGUAAUGCUUUGGGGUUUUUUUUAGUUUGUUUUAAUUUCAUGUCCUCUGUCUUUGCAUCAAAUAAAAAUAUAAAUGCUGGUUGACUGACCACGCAAAUGGUUCAAAUAGAAGAUUUUCAGUGCUACCUGCAUUAGUAAAUAACACUUCUUACUGAGGUUAGCUUAAAAGAUG